CGCCUACGACGGUUAAUGAGAAUCAAACGAGAUGGGUGAACCUCACACACUCCUCCAAGAAUCAAAAUCUCAAUCUCAAAUCGUCAAUCUUCAACAACCACAAAAUUGCACAAUCUCUCUCUCUCUCUCUCUCUCCGCGUCAAAGAUCGUAUCGACAAGAUCCGGAAUGUUUUAUAAGUGAUGAUCACAUUUCAUGCAAAUUGUGGAUUGAGUGUGGCUAUUAUCGGUUUGUGAAGCUUUGAAGAUGAUGUCAGAUAGACGGUGCAUUGAGAAAAGUGCUCCUAUCAGAAAUGAGAAUUUCUCAAGAGACAUUGAGAAUGUUCCUGAAACCGGUUGUCUCUCCAUCAUCGUGCUUGGUGCUUCUGGUGAUCUCGCCAAGAAAAAGACUUUCCCAGCGCUCUUCAACCUUUAUCGCCAGGGAUUCUUGCAACCAAAUGAAGUCCACAUUUUUGGCUAUGCAAGGACUAAGAUUUCAGAUGAGGAUUUGAGAUGGUGCAUUUGUGGUUAUCUUGCCCCAGGCAGGGGUGCUUCCGCAGAGCAUUCGGAAGGUGUAUUGGAGUUUCUGCAAUUGAUAAAAUAUGUAUGUGGCUCUUAUGAUACUGAGGAGGGUUUUCGUUCAUUGGAAAAGAUUAUAUCUGAGCAUGAAGUAGCAAAAAACAGUGCAGAAGGAUCAUCUCGAAGACUAUUUUACUUGGCACUUCCUCCCUCCGUAUAUCCUUCUGUCUGCAAAAUGAUCAAGGAUUGUUGCACGAACAAAUCUGAUCUUGGUGGAUGGACUCGGAUUGUUGUUGAGAAGCCUUUUGGCAAGGAUCUAGCUUCGGCUGAGGAGCUUAGUUCCCAGAUUGGAGAGUUGUUUGAUGAAGCGCAAAUUUACCGCAUUGAUCAUUAUUUGGGAAAGGAAUUGGUGCAGAAUUUGUUGGUACUUCGUUUUGCUAAUCGCUUCUUUUUGCCGCUUUGGAAUCGUGACAACAUUGAUAAUGUACAGAUUGUGUUUAGAGAGGAUUUCGGAACAGAAGGUCGUGGUGGCUAUUUUGAUGAAUAUGGGAUCAUCCGUGAUAUUAUUCAGAACCAUCUGUUGCAGGUUCUUUGCCUGGUUGCCAUGGAGAAGCCUGUUUCUCUCAAGUCCGAGCACAUCCGAGAUGAGAAAGUGAAGGUUCUUCAAUCCGUUGUGCCAAUUAAAGAUGAAGAGGUUGUUCUUGGACAAUAUGAAGGCUAUACAGAUGACUCCACUGUUCCUGACAACUCGAAUACUCCCACUCUUGCUACUAUGAUUCUGCGUAUACAUAACGAAAGAUGGGAAGGUGUUCCCUUCAUACUCAAGGCAGGGAAAGCAUUAAAUUCAAGAAAGGCAGAAAUACGUGUUCAAUUUAAGGAUGUUCCUGGUGAUAUAUUCAGAUGUCAAAAGCAAGGGAGAAAUGAAUUUGUAAUACGCCUGCAACCUUCAGAGGCUAUUUACAUGAAGCUUAUGGUCAAACAGCCUGGACUGGAAAUGUCAACAGUUCAGAGUGAACUGGACUUGUCAUAUGGACAACGCUAUCAAGGGGUUGUCAUUCCUGAGGCUUAUGAGCGUCUAAUUCUUGACACAAUUAGGGGUGAUCAGCAGCAUUUUGUCCGUCGAGAUGAGCUGAAGGCAGCCUGGGAGAUUUUUACACCUCUUCUGCACAGAAUAGAUAAUGGAGAAUUCAAGCCUAUUCCAUACAAGCAAGGCAGUGGAGGCCCCGUGGAAGCAGAUGAAUUGUCAGAAAGGGCUGGUUAUGUUCAAACCCAUGGCUAUAUAUGGAUCCCUCCCAUCUUAUAGCUGAAUAACAUGGACUCCUCCGAAAUUAUAUUCUUGCCAUAUAGCUGUCGCAUUGCUCAUGCCUACUGUAAUAAUGUGUUCAUGGUAUAUUAUUGUUUCUAACUUUUCCAUGUAUCAUUAUUCUGGCAAGGCAUUCUCUUAACACAGUGUGCUGCAAUUACUGCCGUAACACUGUAACCUCGAUAGCUGUUCAUUGAGAAUAUAUAAGUGGCCCGGUGUCACUACUUACUCAAAUGUAAUCAAAUUAUGCGGG